UUGGUCCCUCAUAAGGUUAACAAAACACUUUCCAUCAUUGACAAUGGUAUUGGCAUGACCAAAACAGAUUUGAUCCACAAUUUGGGAAGGUCUAGUCAAUUAGGUGUUGGUUUCUACUCCGCUUUCUUGGUUGCUGACAAGGUCAUCGUCACCACCAAACACAACCGUCAUGAUCAAUACACUUGGAAAUCUCAGGGUGGUGCCUCUUUCACUGUUACUAAGGACUCUAGUGGCCAACAUCUCAAGAGGGGAACCAAAAUCACCCUCUUUCUUAAGGAGGACCAGUUGGAGUACUUGGAAGAGAUGAGGAUCAAGGACCUUGUCAAGAAACACUUUGAAUUCACCAGCUAUCCCAUUUACCUUUGGAUCGAGAAGACAACAGAGAAGGAAAUUAGUAAUGAUGUUCAACAUGUUGAUGAGGAUCCUAAGAGGAAGAAAAAGAUCAAGGAGGUUUCUCACCUUUGGCAACUCAUUAACAAACAAAAAUUUGUGGAUGUCGCAAGUGAAAAGUUUAGGAACCGCAUACCUGAUGAUCUGACAUUCUCUGUUAUGGGGAAAUUGCCAUUAAAAUCUAUCAAGAGAUUUGGCUGUGUUUGUAAAUCAUGGGUCUUCUUACUUGAAGAGCCUCAUUUCAUGACAAUCUUUCGCAACAAUUUCUUAUCUAAUCAUCGUUCUUACUAUGAUGAUACAGUUCUCCUCCUACGUCAAUCUUUGAACGGCAAUGUCACUCAAACUCAUCAUGAGAACUUGUUUUUGCUUUCUGGUGAGAGAUUUCAGAAUAGGGUCAAAUUAGACUGGCCAAAUAUAUUUCAAGAGCAAAAUCUAGCGAAUUCUUAUAUACAUAUUUUGGGUCAUGCUAGUAUUAAUGGAUUUCUUUGUGUCAACAACCUAUAUUCCACAAUUGGACUGUGGAACCCAACUACCGAAGAAUUGAAGAUCCUUCCUCCUAGCCCAAACAAGUUUGUACCAUCUAAUUUAGUUUAUUCAGCUGAUCCAUGUGGAUUUGGCUAUGACCGUGAUACAGAUGACUAUAAGGUGAUUAGUCAUGUAGAAUUUGUUCUACCUAUUGAACAUGAAAACUGGAUUCAUGAAAAUGAACAUCGUGACCCUUUAUGGGAGAUAUAUAGCCUGAGAAGUAACUCUUGGAAGAAUCUUGAGGUUGAUGUCGAUGUACCCUUCAGUGAUAGGGUUGACUAUUUGUAUUUGGAUGGAAUGUGUCAUUGGCAAGGUGAUGAUUACUUGGUGUCGUUUGACUUAAGCAACGAGGUAUUCUUUACAACACCUAUACCCUUAGAAAUACCAUCAGAUAGGAUACGUUAUGAAUAUGAUGUUACUUUGGUGUUGUUAAAUGUAUCUGUUGCUUUGAUCUCGCAUUUUAAGUAUUCCUCCACUUUUUACAUAUCAAUUUUGGGUAAAGUCGGUGUGAAGGAAUCAUGGACUAAACUUUUCAUUGUUGAGCCCUUGCCUUACAUUAUACAUUCUAUCGGAGCUGGGAAGAAGGGGGAUAUUUUUUUUCGAAGUAAAGAUGAAGAACUAGUCAGGUAUGAUUUAAAUACUCACAUGAUUGAGGAGCUUGAUGUUAAAGGGAUCGAUAGAUCUUGUCAGAUUGUAAUUUAUAAGGAAAGUCAUCUUUCAAUCAACACAAUAAAUAAUUAAUUUUUUUUGUCUGCACCUAAGACGAUUAUGACAAGUUAUUAGAAUCUUAACUUGUAUAUAUACAAUGUGAUUUGUCAAUUAUGCAUUGUUACAAGUAUAUGACAAAUUAAGAAACCAUUUGAUCAUAUAAA